GCCACGGCAACACGCAUCUCACUGUUCGACCUUUCGCAUUCCAUUUUCAUUUCCUUCUCUUAAUACUCUACUGGAGUUCCACUUUCUCUCUGCAUCAAUGGCGGACGGCUCUACACCACUCCACCUGGAUCCUCACAAGCAGGCUCUUCUCAACCACCACACCGAGAAGCACUUCACCGCCGGCGAGAUCGUCCGUGAUAUCAUCAUCGGCGUCUCCGACGGCCUCACUGUCCCUUUUGCCCUCGCCGCAGGACUUUCCGGCGCCAAUGCCUCUUCCUCCAUCGUCCUCACCGCCGGUAUCGCUGAAGUCGCUGCCGGCGCUAUCUCCAUGGGACUCGGCGGAUAUCUUGCGGCGAAGAGCGAAGCGGAUCACUAUAUGAGAGAGCUGCGGAGAGAGCAAGAAGAAAUCGUCGCGGUUCCCGAUACUGAAGCGGCAGAAGUAGCAGAGAUAUUGGCACAGUAUGGGAUUGAACCCCAUGAAUAUGCUCCAGUUGUGAAUGCUCUUAGGAAGAGACCUCAAGCUUGGUUGGAUUUCAUGAUGAAAUUUGAAUUAGGAUUGGAAAAGCCAGAUCCUAGAAGAGCUCUGCAAAGUGCACUCACAAUUGCAUUGGCUUACAUAUUGGGGGGGCUGGUGCCGCUCAUUCCUUACAUGUUUAUUGCAAAUGCAACCAGAGCAGUGACAGCGUCAGUUGCAUUGACACUAUUAGCGCUGCUCGUUUUCGGGUAUGCAAAGGGUUACUUCACCGGUAAUAAGCCCUUUCAAAGUGCCAUCCAAACCACCCUUAUCGGAGCCAUCGCAUCUGCAGCUGCUUUUGGCAUGGCCAAGGCUAUACAACUGUGAACUAACCAGCCCCCAUGUCAAUAUCUAAUAAGAGUAUCCCCCCCUAAGGCCACGUUUUUAGUCUAAUCUCAUAAGAUGAGUCUAAAACUUUUGCCAGUUUUCUCAGUUCAGGUCUAGAAAUGAACAUUUGAUGCGGAUCUUAGAACAUUAAAACAUCUUUUUCAA